UCUUUUGUGCUGCUGGAAUGCCAAUAUGGACAUUCAGUUUGUAUGUGAUGCAUAUGCAUGUGUUGUUUACAUUAUCUCAUAUAUCUCAAAAGCAGAAAGGGAAAUGGGUUUGUUACUUAAACAUGCACAGAAUGAAGUUAAAAGUAAAGGAAAUGUAGAGGCAAAACAGGCUCUUAACAAAUUAGGAGGUGUGUUUUUACAUAACAGAGAAGUGUCUGCUCAGGAAAGUGUGUAUAGACUUACAAACAUGCAUUUAAAGGAGUGCUCCAGAAAAGUUGUAUUUGUUCCAACUGGAGACAAUCUUGUUAGGAUGAGUCUACCACUAAAUGUAAUUCAGAAGAGAGCAGAGCAACAAGACAUAAACAAAGACAAAAUCUGGAUGACAAACAUCACUGAUCGUUACAAAAGUAGACCCAAAACUAAUGACUUUAAAGAUAUGUGUUUAGCAAGUUUUGCUUCAGAAUAUAGAGAUGUGGCCAAAAGUGAACACAGUCAAAGUCAUGUUAUUAAAUUAGAUAAUGACUGUGGUUAUAUAAGAAAGAGGACAAGUACAGAUGUGGCUGUGGUGAGAUAUGCUCACUUUUCACCAACACAUGAGUGUGAAAAGCACUAUCAAAGCCUGCUUCAGCUGUUUUUACCUUAUUUUACUGACAAUCAGUUGAAACCCCCACAGUUUCACUGUUUUGAAGAGUUUUAUGACACAGGAUCUAUUACUAACAGCAGGAAUGAAAUUAAAUCUGUCAAAGAGGUGGUUGAUCUGAACAGGUCUAAAUUUGAAAAAGAAGCAGAAGAAUUAGAACGCUGUGAAGAAGCUGUAGAACAUGUAGGCUUUCAAGAAGAUGUUUGGGCUGAACUUUGUCCUGAAGCUGAAUUACAGCGAUUAGAAAGUAUAGAGGAAAUGAGUGUUAACAAAGAUUUGUUUCCUACAGAAAGAGAAAUAAUUCCAGAUUUACAACCACAAAAUACACCUGUGUCUCUCGAAUUCCCAAAACAGAAAAUUAGUUAUUCUGAAGCACAAAGUAUUAUGAGAUCAUUGAAUGAACUGCAAUCACAGGUCUUUUAUAAGAUACGACAGUGGUGUUUAGAUAAAGUUAAUGGUAAAAAUCCAGCACCUUUUCAUGUAUUUAUUUCUGGUGGAGCAGGCACAGGAAAGUCCCACUUAAUUUAAAGCUGUGUAU